CUCCGGCGACGGCUGGCGAGGGGGCGGGUACCAGGGCGCGGGUGCGUCGCGGAGAAAUGACGCAACGCCGCGGCUCCUUAAAGGCGCCGGCCUCUCGCGCGGCGGGUGGCGCAGGCGCGUUCCGGAGGCUGCCGUGUCUGUUCGCAGCGCUGAGAGCCGGGCCGCGCGGACGGGACGCGCGCUGGACGCGGGCGGCUCCAGGGGUCCGUUGGGGCGGCGUCCGGAGCCCGACGGGCGGGCUGAGGAGGGGGCGCCGCGAUGGCCGAGGGCAGCGCCGUGUCCGACCCGCAGCACGCCACGCGCCUGCUGAGAGCGCUCAGCUCUUUCCGCGAGGAGUCCCGCUUCUGCGACGCGCACCUGGUGCUCGACGGGGAGGAGAUCCCGGUGCAGAAGAACAUCUUGGCGGCGGCCAGCCCGUACAUCAGGACAAAGUUAAACUAUAAUCCUCCAAAAGAUGAUGGAUCAACCUAUAAGAUUGAACUUGAAGGGAUAUCGGUGAUGGUUAUGAGAGAGAUCCUGGAUUACAUCUUCAGUGGGCAGAUCCGGCUGAACGAAGACACCAUCCAGGAUGUUGUGCAGGCAGCAGACCUGCUGCUGCUGACGGAUCUUAAAACUCUGUGCUGUGAGUUCUUAGAAGGCUGCAUUGCCGCCGAGAACUGCAUCGGGAUCCGAGACUUUGCACUCCACUACUGCCUGCACCACGUCCAUUACCUGGCCACGGAAUACCUGGAGACGCACUUCCGAGAUGUUAGCAGCACAGAGGAAUUCCUAGAACUGAGUCCUCAAAAGCUUAAAGAAGUGAUUUCUCUUGAGAAGCUAAACGUUGGCAAUGAAAGAUAUGUGUUUGAAGCAGUCAUUCGAUGGAUAGCACAUGAUACAGAAAUAAGAAAGGUCCACAUGAAGGAUGUCAUGUCCGCGCUGUGGGUUUCAGGGCUGGACUCGAGCUACUUGCGGGAGCAGAUGCUGAACGAGCCGUUGGUGCGAGAGAUUGUCCGAGAGUGCAGCAACAUCCCCCUGAGCCAGCCGCAGCAGGGGGAGGCCAUGCUGGCCAGCUUCAAGCCCCGCGGCUACUCGGAGUGCAUCCUCACCGUCGGGGGAGAGGAAAGAGUUUCACGGAAGCCAACAGCAGCGAUGCGAUGUAUGUGCCCCCUUUACGACCCUAACCGGCAGCUGUGGAUUGAGCUGGCCCCCCUGAGCAUGGCGAGAAUCAACCAUGGAGUCCUCUCGGCAGAAGGAUUUUUGUUUGUGUUUGGGGGCCAAGAUGAGAAUAAGCAGACCCUGAGCUCAGGAGAAAAGUAUGACCCAGAUGCAAACACAUGGACUGCGUUGCCACCAAUGAACGAGGCAAGACAUAACUUUGGAAUUGUGGAGAUAGAUGGGAUGCUGUACGUUUUAGGAGGAGAAGAUGGUGAAAAAGAGCUCAUUUCCAUGGAAUGUUAUGAUAUUUAUUCUAAAACCUGGACGAAGCAACCUGAUUUAACCAUGGUUAGAAAGAUUGGCUGCUAUGCAGCUAUGAGAAAGAAAAUCUAUGCCAUGGGUGGAGGAUCGUAUGGAAAACUCUUCGAGUCUGUGGAAUGUUAUGACCCGCGGACCCAGCAGUGGACGGCUAUCUGUCCCCUGAAGGAGAGAAGGUUCGGAGCGGUGGCCUGUGGAGUCGCCAUGGAGCUGUAUGUAUUUGGGGGAGUCAGAAGUCGCGAGGACAUCCAGGGGGGCGAGAUGGUAACCUGCAAGUCGGAAUUCUACCACGAUGAGUUUAAAAGGUGGAUCUAUCUUAAUGACCAGAAUUUAUGCAUCCCGGCCAGCUCCUCUUUUGUGUACGGAGCUGUCCCCAUAGGAGCCAGUAUCUACGUCAUCGGCGAUCUGGACACAGGUACCAAUUACGACUACGUGCGCGAGUUCAAAAGGAGCACGGGAACCUGGCACCACACCAAGCCCCUCCUGCCCUCCGACCUCCGCCGCACCGGCUGUGCAGCCUUACGUAUCGCGAAUUGCAAGCUGUUCCGCCUGCAGCUCCAGCAGGGCCUGUUCCGCAUCCGCGUGCACUCACCUUGACGGGACGCCGCGCAGAAGCCGAGCUCCUGACCGGGCGCCGGGAUGCGGCGCUCUGCGAGGGGACAGAGAGGGCGGGCGACCCUUGCUCUGUGCCGGCCUCCGUGCGGUAACGCGGGUGGUUUUCUAACGCUUAGAAGCCGGGGCUUCAGCUCUCCUCCGGGAGAACACGUAACUGCUGAAAAACUACUGAGGAGGAAUCCGUUCCUCCAGUAGAUGUGUCCGGAGACCAACCGGGGCUAGUCCACGUCAGAGGGAAAGGGAGGUGGGGAUCCGUAUCGUGUAAAUUUUGGAAGUUGAGCUACUAAGGUGCAUGUUCCCCGCAGGGAACUCACGUCUGACUGACUGCUGUGUUCGAGUACCUGGCUUUGGUUAACAAACACCCGUAUAUGCAAAUCCACAUAUCCAAACAUAGCAGGAUUGCUUUUCCCCUGCACUUGGAAGGAGAUACUAUGCCUAACUCUGCCCGUCAGUUUAAGGUCUGUGCCUAAAAUGUUAGACUGGACUCAAUGCCAGUUAGUCUCCACUUACUGCUAGUUCUCUGUCCUAAGAAUCUUUUUUUAAACUAAGUCAUGGUGAAUUGAAACUAAGAUAAAAUUUCUCUCUCAUGACAUCCUAUCUUAGUGAUCUAAAGAGUCAGUACGUUAAGGAGUCAGGUGGCAGCCCUCCUGUGACUCUAAAGGAAGCUGCCAACUUCUGCGUCAACUCAGCUGAAGAUGCCUCGCGCCGUCGUUUCUGGGGUUGUAAUGGAUCUCAGCCCCUGCCCUUCUUCCUUUCCAAACAACUAGAACCCUUUAUAAAUAUGAGGAUAUUAGUGAGUAGGAGAUUUUAUGAAAGAAAGACUUGAGUCAGACAAAUAAUAAAGGUCUGCUAUGACCAAAAAGAAAAAAGAAAAAAAUGGUCCAGAGAAAAUAUAUAGGGAUCAAAAACUUUUAAAAAUAAUCUGUCUGAAAGCACACAGUUUUAUUUACUACUGUCUACGAUUUGAAAACAUGUCUUAGAAUGCGAAUCCAUGUUCAGAAUCUAAUCUUUGUAGCAGAAUUUUCUCAACGCCGUUCACUAGUAUGAGUUUCAGACAAAUUACAAGUAAAGUUUGGCUGGUAGAAUAAACUACCUCAACUUAAUUUCAUUCUGUUCAUAGUAGAGCAAAUUAAUGCUUUCCUCCUUUCCUCUCUCUCACUCCCUUGUCGACCCACUUGACCCCACUUCCCAUGGGGGGAGAAGGUCUGUUAUUAGUGGCACUUAACUUGUAAGAUAUUUUGUUUUCCAUUCGAAUUAUACCACCUUAGUAUGAAACCAGGGACUUCAAAGUGCUUGAUGACUUCAUCAUUUGAAUUUUAUGCAAUAUCAGAUUUCUAAUGAAUUUAAUAUAGAGCUCCUCAUUUCUAAUUGUUUUCUACAGCUUCACACCCCCCCCUUAGUAUAUGGCUGUAAGAAGCAGCAUUUAAUCUUAAUGAUUAAUAAAUGUAAAAAUGUAUCCUUUGGUUGUAAAUCUGAGAAUAGGAAUUUCUUCUAGAAACUUCCUACCUGGAAUGUUUGUAUGCUUGUCCCAUGCACAGGAAACAUUGCUUGUGUUUUCCCACCCAGGAACAGUACAGGGGGUACCUAGCUGUAGUUUUCUUCUUGUACCCGUUGGAAGUCAAUCCAAUGCUAGAAAAGGCGCUGAGCAGCCUUGCCUGUGGGGUUCUAAAGAAUGUUAUGGUGCACAUGAAGUCUGCACCCUGGCAGAAGGCAUGGGUAAAAGAAGGUGCAGAGUUUUUAUUUUCUCUUUCAGAGGCACUGGGCCAGGUUUGCCACCCACUCACAUAACACAGAUUUGACGCGUUAAGGCAAAGCCAGUCUCUUUGCUUUGUCCCCUGAACCAGUCAGCUGUUGUCUGCAGGCUUUCCCCAGGAUACUCUGGAUGUCUUUUAAUCAAAGCAACUGCAUGGUCACUGCAAAGAAAGAAAACUUUCUUUGUACAACUAGAUGUUAGUUUUAGAGGAAAUAAAUUGCUGAAAGAGUGGAUUUUCUUUAGUAAAACGUCCCAUAUAGAACAGAACCUCGGCCUUCAGAAGCCAUAACUGAGGUACAUUAAAGUGGUGACUGAUGUCCUGUUAAAGCCGUGACAGUCAGCAGUUCUCUUUUCUUUAACUUCUGAAGUUUAAAGUCCUUCCCAGGCUACUCCAGGCCUCUCCAAGGAGACAGUUCAUUGUUUAGGAGUGAAUGGGUCCCUGUUGCAAUAUUAUCAGUACCUGCGUGACUUGGUCAAUUCAUGUUAUAAAAGUAGUUCUUUUUUUUUUUUUUUUUUUUUAACUCAGUUCAUUGACACUGUAGCUGCAGGAAUUAGGUAACAUUUUUUAAAAUAAAUUUGCCACAUAAUAUGGGAUGCAAUAACCAACAAAAGCUGCUAAGUGCCAAACUGUUAUUUUAUUAUAUAUAAAUACAAAAACACUAUGUUGAAGUGUAGGGAUGUGUUUAAUUUUAUUAUAUUCAAAAGUAGUCAUGACUUUUUUGUAAAUUACAGUUACUUUAGUAUUGUGAAAUAAAUUUUAACUCAUUUCACAUAGGUUUGUGUUUUAACCAUCCACUUAUGCCUUGAAAUAUCCUUUCUCGGUAAAUUUUUGAUACUUCUUUUUCCAUAAGGCACUUUUACCAGGUGUAUAUUGGAAUUAGUGGCUAAAGAUAGAUCUUUACAUUUUAAAUACAAUAUCUUUGGGGGAAGUGCAAUUUAUUUUCAUUAUCCCGCCAACAGAAGGAAAGUUGUCUCAGGUUAGAGUAAGUGAAUAUUUAAAGGAUUUCUUCUAGGCUACGGUCUAAAGUAAGUUUGUUUCUUUGUUUAACUCAUCCAAAUACAUAUUUUUUUUUAAAGAUUUAACUGUUUAAUUUAAAAUGAAGUUUUAAAUUUUUUUGUGUGAUAGUGCUUAUAUCCUGUGAGAUGUAAAAGUGUGAGAGAGAGAGUGUGUGAGAGAGUGUGUGUGUGUGUGUGUGUGAUGUGACUUGGUAAGUCUGUUUGUGUAUGUUUACUUUUGGAAUUGUCGUUCCAAACGACACGUAUUAUUGUCUCCUGGUGCUUCAGAUAAAUUCUUGAGCCUGUGGCCCUUCAGUUUAUACUACUGUGUUAAACUCAUGUUGAGUGUGUAUAUUGAUGUAUUUGUAGUUGGUAAUAAGCUUUACUUGGCGUUUGCAUUUCUUUUCUUUAGCAUGUUAAAAACAGUGUUUACCAACUCCUGGUUGGUAUGCUAUAAAGAUUUGGCCUAAGAAAUUUCUAAAUUCGUUGUUUCUUUCACUGCUGUGAGGAGUUGCUAGCCAACAGUAGGCAUUUUUCAAGUUGUGCGACAACCGAAAAAGAGUACUUGGGGGAUGUUGUACAGCAUAUUGUUAGUCUUGAAGUGUUCUGUUAUCUUGCACCACCACUUUAAUGAUGGCACUUUUUUCAGUGAUGCUUUGGAAGUGCCAUAUUGUCACUUAUGAGUGGGGAGCUCCCUAGACAAUGCACGGGAGAGACAGCCUUUGUAUUGACGUGGUAAAGACAGGGCUCCUUUGCUGUGGCACUGCAGUUACUCAGGGUAGCAAGUUAGGUUUGUAGAGAAACGUGUUAGCUGCUUUGGUCCAUUGGAGUUCUGUUUGGUGCCUUCCCACUUCAUUGCUCCCAACCAGGGAUCCCCGAAAGUUUUCCAAGGAACAUUACAAACACUGCAGUGUUACCUUCCAGACGGUUAGCUUUCUUGAUUCAGGAGGAGGCUGCCUGUGGUCAGGUGAAGACACGUAAUUAUCUGGGGAAAGAAUGAGGUGGCACUUUCACCACAUCAGUUUUGAAAAUGCUGAAAACCCCUUUCAGAGCACCCAGUGGAAGGGAAGGGCAGGGCAGGGCAAGGCUGCUGUGGUUCAGGGGCCGCCCCUGGAGCCGUGAGAGAAGAGACUCCCGCUGGAGCAGAAAAGCCCGUCCUAGGUUUAAUCAGCAGUGUCGAAUGAGCACCUACUCAGAAUCCUGCUUGGGUUUAUGGGGGGCUUCACAGUGAGGCAGAUGAAAGCCUGCCCUCUCUCUAGAUUGUAAAACUCCUUGUGGGCGGGGACCCUGCCUUAGUCUUCUGCUAAUCCUAGUGCUUGGCGCACAGUAAGUAGUCAAUAAAUGACCCAUGAAUAUAGUGUCCUUGCGAUCCAAAUGACGUGCUUCAUGGGAUUGAAAGGGACUUACUUUGAAAUGAGAUUUUAAUUGAGAAACUUUGUAUACAGAUAGGCCGGCCUCAUAAUACAGAGCAGGAAACCAGUACAGAAUGAAAAAUGCAAAGUGCCUGACUUACGUGAUGCGCAACUCUGUGGUCUCCAUACGUUCUGGAGGAUUUUUGAGGCCCUGUGCUCAGUACACCUAAUAAUGUUUAUCACAUUUAAUGUUGGGUUUUGUUCACUGCUUUUUAUAUGGGGCUCAAAAUCUCUUCCAGAACAUACUGCUUUGAUCCUCACAUCUCUGUGGUGGGUGCAGUGCUCUCCAGUGGACAGAAAGCAGCCUUGGAAGCCCAGUAGAUAGAGCUUCAUUCCCCGCUUCAGAUGUGAGUAGAAACCAAAAAGCGGAAUCCAGUCUUUGGAGUAUUUCACUGUUCAGGCUGUUGGAAUAUCACUUCAUUUUCUUGGCAUACGAGUAUUUUUAACCCCCAAACAUAUCCUUUGCAAGUUGCACAAAUAUAAACUAAAAGAGCUUUGGUUUUCUGUGUCAGUUAUCUAAGGGAAAUUUACUAAGAAUUUACUAAAGUCCUAAGAACAGAAGUCACAAGUGUUUGUGUUUGAGAGAGAAGCUGUUUUUACUUUUAAAAGCCAAAGCUUCGCUUAUCCUUCCCUUUCCUACCGCAUGUAAUAAGUGAGGGGAAAGAUAUUGUGUCUUAGAAUGUUGAGGAAAGCAUUUUGCUAGCUUUCUAGUAAUCCCUGAACUAUUCCUUAUAGCUGGUUCAGAAAUGAUAGAAGUUUAUGGUACAAGGGUGAGGAAGGACCCACUUGCCCACAUUUGAGGAGAACGUGAACUCAGGUGAGUUAGUCCUGCCUGCUGGCACUGAAGUCCCACUGGUGUUCAACUGGAGACUUCCUCUAUUUUUUUUGGCAAACCAGCUAGUAAAACUUCUGAAUUUCUUGUAUUUUUUUCAGAGGUAAUUCUAUUAUUUUAAUUUUAAACAUAUCUCACCUUUGUCUCGUUGCAAUAUGAGAGCACAGAUGUAACUGUGUAUUCUUUGGUCUGAUGCGUACCAUUUAGGAAAGUUAGUUCUUAUUCAAUUCUAUCAUUGAGAUUCUCUAAGUGAAUGGAUUUUUAAACUCCUUCCCUUUCUUAUGAAAUCAAAUAUCUAAUAACAUUGCAUAAUUAUCUAGUGAGAAAUGUCUGUUGCCUUCUCUUUUCUUUUUCAUGUUGAAGUAAAAACUAAUCUUUUAACAUUACUACUCAACUGAAAUUUGGGCUGAUUAGAAUUUUUUUUUUUUAAAUUGACGUCCUCGUGGCCCAACAGAGUUGUCGUAAAUUCUUAAAUCACUGUGAUUUGAAUUAGAGAAGGCGCAGGUAGGAGGGAUGACAACCCACAGAGUCUGGGUACACGCUGCAUAAGAUGACGCAGAGAAAGCUCAGCCACUUCCUGCGACCCAAGUAAAUAAGUGGCCACGUCCAACAGUUCAGCUCCCAAGUGGCUGUGGGUUCGUCUUUCUUUCUGGUUGGUGGAUUAUAUUUAUUAGAACUUCAUUUUGAGCAUUUCAGUACAGGUUUUCAAGUACCUUAUUUUUAUUCCUCUCACUUACCAACUAUACACAAGGUGUAGCUUAGAACCUUGGGUCAAAUUUUUUCACGUUAAACCGAGGAACUUGGUUCAAAGAUGACUACAUAGGUAGUUUGCUUUAUCGUGUUUCCUGCUUAAUUGGAUGAGAGUUACGCAGGCACUUAUCCCCUUGUUCUUCGUGUUGAUAGGAAAGACUGUUCUCGGCUACCUCAUUAUGUAGUGUUAUGCUUGAGCCCCUGCCAGUUUAGAAGAAUUCAACACAUUCUGUCCUUUAACAAAAGCCUGGAAGCAAGCAGUAAGCGGCCUUGAGGAAUACAAUUCUCUAAGGCGUAGUUUCCAUUUUACUCCUUUUUUUUUUUAAUAGGCACUUUUAAUCAGGAGGAACAAUAAUUCUCCUAGAGCUGCUGCGAAGUGAUUACUUGAAACUCAACUUGAACUUUAAAGAGUCUUUACAAGGCGAUGUUUUCAUAAUGUAGAAAAGUAGUAUGUUUAACGCCACCACUGUGUAAAAUAGAGGGCUUCCUUGCCAUCCUCAUUCAGAUCAGACAGGCAAACCCAUCUGUCUGUAACGUGACCCAGUGUUUGGGAUUUAGAUGCUUGGGGCUACUGUUUUUCAUAUUCUAUAAGGUGCUAUUGGGAGCAGUUUAAGGGUCUGUUAAGUGUAUUUUCAUGAAUUUGUUUCCCAGGAAUCUUAAUUUUGAUGAAAGUAUAGGGCUCAUCACGAAAUUCAUCCUCUCCUUUAGUUCUGAUAACCCGGGGUUUUAAAAUGAAACUCUGAAAGUGUAGGGCUGAGUUGACCAAACAACAUAGAAUCGCAUUAUACUUAAAAUCACGAGUGAUCGGAUCUGUUUUGCAUGUCAGUGGAAUGUCCCUCCUGUACGUGUCAUCUGUACAGGGCGUGUGUGGGUACUGUCCUCCCUGGCAUCUGUCAGCCUGCCUGGCUGGUGAGUUAGGGAGAGCUGCAGGGGCCCAUCAGUCCUUGUAGACACUGCUUCCCUUCUGGGGGUGAUUUCUUACAGGAAUAACCCAGGACCCCUCAUGGCCAGAAAGAAUUAUGCCUGUCCCUAAAAACCUAGCGUUCUGGGAAUAAUUUACAUACCAGGUAGAAUCUAAAAGCGUAACUGUCCCUGUGCAUUAAUAAGAUUUAAUGGUUGUACUUGUGCUUUUUUGGACUAAAGGGCUUGCUCCUGACAGGACAGCUCUGGCAAAGUUCUCCUCGGGUGGAUCGAGCUGUUGGCCAUGAGGCAUUCCCUUAGGUGGUUUCUAAGAGAACCAAGGCUCUCCCCUCUAAUGCCCCAAGCUUUCUUAUUGUAAUUAUUUUGAGAAAAAUAUCUGGAAACAUUCCCUGUACUGUCCCACUUGAACCCAGUGGUUGUGAGCACGUGUGGGCUUUGGGGCCGGAGGCAUGUGGGUUUGAAGAUACUGACCUCCGACUGCUUCGUGAGCUUGGAAACCCUUUACCCCAUAGGAAGAGAUGAUGGGUUUUUACCUGCUGGGGUUGCUGUGAGGAGUCAGUGGAGUAAGGAAGGUGAGAACUUGGUGCCUUGCACACAGAUGGGGUGGUUGGAAGCUCAGCUGCUCUUGCCAGCCGUCUCGGCCUCGAGUCACGCCAAGUCACGGAUGGUCUCAGCUACCGCCCCUCGCUCAGUGUCCCCAGCCUUAGUGCUUUCUUCGUUCUCAUGUCUGCCACCACGGUACACGAGUGAGUGUAUAUUUGCACUUACAAAAUUCUUUAUUCUCUAGGUCCCUGACACCACUCUUCUUCUAAAUUUAAUUCUAGACAGUGGAAACUGCCCAGAAAUACGUGUUUAGAAUUUUUAGAGUGGUUAUAAAUAUCCCUUAUUUAUUAGGGUUUGCCUAAUGAAGUACUCUAAUAAUAUUUAAAACUCUCUCCCGAAGUUGAAUUUUUCUUUUUUUCCCUAAACUGUCAAAGGUAGCAGCCUAUAUUAGUCAAAUAAACUGGAUGUUUUCUGGAUCCCUGUUUGAGAUCAGUAUACCUAAACUAUGCUUUCUGAAUUGGGAUGUUGUGCGGAACCUAAAAACAAACAAACUUUGUUACGUGUGUGUGUGUGCGUGCGUGUGUGUGUGUGUGUGUGUGUGUGUGUGUGUGUGUGUGUUUAGAACUUCUGUACUUUCAGAUACAGAAGGGUUAUUUAACAAAGUGCUGCCGACAGUGAGCGACUUAAUCCUUUUAUAAAAUCACUUCUUUUCCAGUUCAGAUUAUGGACUGGUGCAUUCAGUGGUGCGUGACAUACCCAGCUUAUCUUGAUUUCAGUAAGACAUUUGAUAAAGUCAUUCUUGAUAUUUUUGUGAUUGAGAAAAGGAAGUAGAAAUAGGUUUAAAAGGACUAAGAAAUGCCCGGGCAGUGUUGAUAAGAGCAAGCCCUUGUGUCAGCAUGGAUGGGGGUAACCUAGCAGUGUGUGUUUUUAACGUUUUCAUUAGGGACUUGUACAAAAAUGUAGACGGCAGAGGAAAGUGUUGGGUGUUAGUGCUUUUUUUGCAUCCUAAUAACACAGCUAAGCAUAGUAUUAUGUCCAGGUUCAGAGAAGAUCGUUCCCAAAUGUAAGGGAAAGAAGAAAGUGGGGGGGAGGGCGGAGGGGGCACCAUUGAUAAUUUGAACAUAAGCCAGCUGUUUAAAAAAAUAGUGCCCUUGUCUGUUUGGGGGGCUGGUAGUCUGAAGAGGAAGUCUGCUCCGUCCGCGUGCUGCAUUGAUAGGCCCAGGGAACCGACUGAGCUGCCGGUUCCGGGCACCAGAGUCUGGGAGGCCACCCAGAGGAUGACAGCCAAGGUGACAGGGCAUUAAGGAAGUGUAGCAAGAAUCUCUGGAGGCCCCAGGCUCCGGCCAGCUGUGGGGGCUUUAGAAGGAGCAAAUGCGCGGGGCCCAGAGCACCUCGCCCAGGCCAACAGGUGGGAACGGUAGAGGCAGAAUGUUUCUGUCACUGUUAGAACUUUCUAGAGUUACCUCAUGAUAAAAUGCGUGCCUCCUGUGGUUCUCAGUGCUCAGCUCUGAGGAUCACCCCAAGAAUGCCCCCAGCAGCUGUGGCUAGUGGGUGUGACAGUGUCAGCCAGGCGAGUCUUGCACGGUGCCAGGAUGUUGUCACAGACGCCAAAGCUUCUUGCAGACAAACGGUUCUGUGAGCAGUUUAGUAAAAAAGGGGGAAGAGUAACAUUUGUACUUUAGCUUUUACAUUAGUUUUGAGGAAAAGGGACUUUGUUCCUCCUGACGUGUGCUCUCUCCUGUCCUCCCUCCCCUCUGUCCUCUCUCCCCACCACCCACUCACCAUCCCACGACUGCAGCCGGCUUCAGCAGAACCUUCAGAAGUAGACCCGCUUCUGGAGAUUUCCCUAAAACCAUGUUGUCAACUGAACAAUGAUUCUUACUGUUUAUAUACUCUUUGUUCUAAAUCCCUCAGCACCUCUGCAGACUUAAGGACGCUGAUAAGUAAAAAUCAGACUCUUUUAAGCAGGGCCUGGGUGACCCGUGGCCCGGGAUGCUGUCGAGGGAACUGUGUCCUGGGGAGAGUUGGGUCGGCGACCCCUUCCAGCUCCAGGAAUGGGUCCCUUGCUGAUGGGUUCUUUGUCGGCUCUUGAGGAGCUUUUCCGGAGGACCUGCCUCAUCUUGGGUUCUGUCUCUUACUCUUCUAUGAAAGCCCCCGCGGUCUUCCUCCCAGUUCUGGGGGUGGGGGGGCCACUCCCCCUGUGUGUCUCUUCCUGACCCCACCUGCCCAGAGCACAGGGACCGAGCAGGACUUGGGAUGGACGCCCAAGUCCAGGUCCGGGCCCGUGGGAGGGAGCCGUCCACGUUGUUUCCCGGUGUGUCUUCUCAUCCCGUUGGUUACCUGCACUCAUUAAAAACCCUUUGUUUGGACCACGGUUCCUUUCCCUCCCUGUGCCUCCCUGUGCCUGCACGGACUGAGGGUGGGAUCUCUGAGGAGGACACAGGCCCUUCCUGCAGUUGGCCUUUCUUCCUGGGCCAGUUGAGGAACUUCAGUCACGGGGGAAGGAGGUGAUUUUGGUUGUGUUCUUAAGUGUACCCUUGUUUACAUAUGUUUCUUGGCAGUCUGUUCUCAUCCCAUGACCUCUCCCAGCAUUUUUUUUUUAACUGCUUGAAUUGUGAGCAGCCCCCCGCAAAAGAGGGGGCCGCUCUUCUGGUUCCCCAGACCAUUUGCCUAAAAACAUGUGUCAAAAAGUCAUUCUUCGGGAGCCCCCGACCUGGCCUUUGUGACCAGCACUUUCCGCUGUCAGAGAGCCAGACCGGUCACCCAGGCCGGGCAGCUGCCAGCGUUUGCACUGCUCUUCUCCUUUCGUGUGAGAACUUUGGGGCCCAGAGCCUCGCCCCCUCCUCCACCUCCCCCCACCAAGACACGGCCAAGUGCGUCUCUGCGGCUCCUGAAGCAACUAGACUAGAACAGCCUCCCUGGGGUCCGGGUUGGCCCCACCUUCCACGCCUGCCCUGGAGGUUCUCGGGGCUCCUCUCUGAGUCAGAAGGGGCCCCAGAUGCCACACGUACUACCUCAGCACCCAGCCCGCAGGCACCGUGCGGGCCCCGUGUUGUCCUUUUCUCUCGUUUAGCUCUGAUGAAAAACACACUGCAUUCCAACUUAUGAAUAGGGUCAGAAAUCAGAAUUCCUCAUUUACAGUAAGAGAGAGACCAUCUUUUCAUAUUGUUUUCAAAAGGAAUUUUUGCCUCAGAAGAAACUCCAGAAAAUAGAUGUAUUGUUGUUAACCUAAGCGUAUGCUCAUUGAAUUUGAGUCUAUGCUUUAUAAAAAAUUACCUAGGAUCUGGUACGUGGGGCAAAAGGGUAUCAUCAGCUUAAAAACAAACUUUCAGUGUCGGUGAGUUUAUGGCAUUGUUUUCCUACAGGGGACCUCAAAAUUCAAGUUCUGCAUGACAGAGAUCAGCCAGGUUCCACAGGGUAGAUGAUUUUAUGGUGGGAAAUGUCUCAAGUGGCCUUUAGUUGAGAAAAGCACAGGCUGUUUAGCAACACUUGCUUAAUUAAAUAUCAGUGGCUUUUUCUGCUGAUGGGAUUCUUUUCACUUUGACUCAUCUGUAACACAGCUUUUGUUCGGUUCCUCAUUCCUAUACCCCUCCAAGUCACCAGUGACAUAGCGAUACUUGUUUUGUUUUGAAUCACACCACUUGUGAAUUGUGGCGACCAUGGAAAAAUAAUCACAUUUUCGGCAGAACUUUUGAACACCCAUCCCAGCCCGUUCUGCAGUUGCGUCAGCAGACCUGGGGGUGAUCAGUGGAUUUAACAAAAGCACCUCCCUCCUCCACCCCUUCCCUCCCAUGCUCAUCAGAAGCUACUGUAGAAGCACCUCACGCAGGCUCUGGCAGACUUCAUUUUCUCACUGUGUGUUCCUGGGGACAGAGAUACGCGUACCUGUCUGUGAAUGGGGUCCAUCCAUCACUCAUUCUAAACGUGUGGAUUCAUUCAUUUUCUCUCACUGAUCCCAGUCUUCCGCUGUGAGAGAAGACCACCAAGGGAAUUCCUUGAAACAGGGCCAUAAAUCCAGUUUGACUCUCCCAGGCUCAAGGCUGGUCUUCACAGUGGGGCCUGGUCCGGCAGAACAGCCAGCGACACUCCUGUUGGCUGGUUGCCUGCGUGGUACCAGCCGCCAUAUGUGACAGUCACGCUGGUCAAGAACCAGUUUUCAGCACACCCUUGCUUUGUCGUUUUGAUGCUUUUAAUACCAUAACGCAAAGUCCAUGAAUACCAAAUUCCCAAAAUACUAGAUCAAAAUUCAUCCUUUUAAACUCAGAUCUUUGUUUAAUUAACAUAUCUAUAUUGUCUGACAUGGUACAUAGGGAAGAGUUUUUAAUUUAAGUCCUGCAGCUUUUAUCAUCUGGUAAGAUUCCAAGUUGAGCAGUCUACUUAGACGUGUAUUCAGAUGAGGUUACGUUGUGUGCGAUAAGUUGGUCUUUAAAGAAAGACCUACCACUGAGAAAAACAGAGAUUUGCAAUGAAAUAUGCAUAAGCUAGACGAAGGACAUUCUUUGGAAAGUUCAAAGUAUUUCAAGUACCGGGAAGUUGCAACUUGUAGAAUUAUCCUCCCUGAAUUCAGUAGGAUAGCAGAGAAAUUGUGCUAAUGUAAUUUCAUUGAAACGUCACGUCUUGAACAUCCUGUGGUCCAAGUGAAUUCCUUUGUCCUGUGGAGUAAUUUUCUGUUCCGUUGCUGGUAUGAACUUUUAGUGAAGUUGAAGUGAUUUUGAAUUAGUAACCUUUCUUACAAAGUUGCUUUAUGGUUUACAAGUAAUACUGAUGCAAAGAGGCUAUGUUAACUUCCUUAAAUUCAGUAGCACGCACUUUGUUUACCUGCUUUGGUUUUUUGUGGGGUAACUACGGGGUCAUCCCGUUUCACGAGCACAGGAUUUGUGCUUUGGGAACAUACUGCAAUUGUGCUGUUCUCUUGUACCAAGGAUCAGUGAAAGUGUUUUAUCUUUUUUAUGUAGUUUGUAUUGACUGGAUUUUAUAACUGUAAGAAAACAGAAACAGAGUGUUGUAUUUUGACCUGAAAUUUGUCUAUGGUAAAGUAAUUUUGUUUUAUGUAUUGGAAGUUCAUUUAAAACUUGAAAUAUUUUCUAGAAGGGUACCGAACAAACGAGUUGUCUUUAAGCUGUUUAAUUAACCUAAUAAAACAAUUUGAUGGGGAAG